AUGCUAUUUUUUGAUUGGCCUUUUCUCUGGAUAGUUUUUAUUAUUAUUGGUUACAUUGUCAAAACAAUUACUACGAAAAAUCGGGAAAAAAAGAGAGCUCCAUUAAAUACAUUGGCUUCCCAAGAGAUUGAAGCUAUUUUGACACAAUUAGUUUUAAAACAAAAUGACUUGCCUGCUUGGGUUCAAUUUCCUGACACAAAACGUGUUCUUUGUUUGAACAAAUUUAUCCAACAACUAUGGCCUUAUAUUGGGGAAUAUUCAAAAAAAUUUUUGAUUGAAGUUAUUGAACCACAAGUUCGUGCUCAAAUGCCAUUACCAUUCAAAAGUUUUAAAUUUAUAAAAAUUGAUAUGGGAGAUUUGCCCUUUAGAGUUGGGGAAUUAAAAGUUUACACAGAAAAUGUAGGUAAGGAUAAAAUAAUUAUUGAUAUGGAUGUUAGUUAUGCUGGUAAUGCUGAUUUUACUGUUAAUACUUGUGGUUUUAUUGGUGGAAUGAAUCAAAUUACAUUAACAGGAAAAGUUAGAUGGAUUUUUCAACCAUUACUUCCUUUCGCUCCUAUAAUUGGUGGUGUAUCUGUAAGUUUUAUUGAAUUACCUACAUUUGAUUUUAAUUUAACUGAAAUGUUUGAAAUUGUUAAUUUACCUCAACUUAACAAUGCCAUUAGAACAAUCGUAAAUCAACAACUUCGUGAUAUGUGUGUUUUACCAAAUAAAAUAUUUGUACCAUUUGUUUCAGAUGUUGAUAUGACAUCUAGCAAAUAA